AUGGAUAACAGCGCAGCAUCCUCUGGGGCACCACAAACAGGUGUGAAGCGUGGAUGGGACCAGAGUAGUCCUGAUAGCAGCGGGGAGGUGUCUAAUCAGACGAUGACCCCGCCUGAGAAAAAACCGGCUACUGCGGAUCUUGUUGCCCAGGCAGCUGCGGCGGCUGCAGCCGCUGCGGCGAGAGUCACUGCGAAUGCACAGCGACAGGGAAUUAUGCCGCAAUCGACUCCGCAACCGCCCUUGGCUCAGCAGGGGCCUAUGUCGGCUCAGCAGCCCCCCUUGGCUCAGCAGUCCCCCUUGGCUCAGCAGGGGCCUAUGUCGGCCCAGCAGGUCCCUCGUGGUCCGUCACCAGUACCUAUGGCUCCUCCGGCUAGACUCGAUAUCACUCCUGAAGGUGAUAAAAGCGCGUCCAGGGCGUACGGCGCUGUGAUAGCAUCGUCGAUCCCAGAGGAAUUCGUCCGCGAGGUAAAGUGCCCACAAUCGGUGAUAGGAAGGGUCAUUGGACCCCGUGGGGCCACCAUCAACCAACUGCAGACCACAACACUAUGCAAGAUACAGUGCCAACCUGGCCAGCCUGGGGGCUUUGCUAAAGUCAAGAUUUCCGGACCCACACAGACCUGCGUUGACGGCGCUGUGAUCUACGUCCAAGCUAUGGUCGGCAACUGGGAUGACUAUACUGAUGAACAGCUCAUGGAGGCCGGUGGGAAAGAAAUUCGGAAGGAGAUUCUCAUCCCGCAUAUCCAUGUGGGCAACGUUAUUGGCCCCAAGGGAUCUGUCAUCAAGACUAUUGAGGCCGAUACUGGAGCUAAAUUGGAAGUUGAUAACCGUACCUCUCGUGGCUCGAAAGAGGACCGUCAUAUGACUAUCUCCGGGCCCGAAAAGGCCGUCGAGAAAGCGGCCCAAUACGUUAUGUCGGUCAUGGCUGGAACUUAUGACAUCAACCAGGCGGUCGUGAGGAUGACGGCACUGGACAACAGCUCUGGGGCUUACUUCAACGCCCAAGCACAGCAGUUUUCCAAUGUGCAGCAACAAGCUUGGGCCAACGCCCAGUACCUCCGAUGGCCCACCGAGCAGGCUAUUGCUCAGGCGGCUUAUCAACAGGUUAUGGCUGAGAUGGCCGCUGGACGGAUCCCAUCGGCCUCUGCUGCUGGUGGUGCCGGUGGCAGCGGUGGCGGGAAUGUCUCUACGUCUGCUGCCACGCAGCAGCCAGCAAUGGACCCCGCCACAUUGAAGCAAUGGAAGGACUAUAUCAGUCAGUGUGAUAAGGCUAUAGCGGAUGCUCCUAAGGAGAAGCGGAAGGAGAUGAAAGACUAUGUUGAUAACCUCAAGAGGCAGUAUGGACUUACCGAUGCGAUGCUCCAUGGUGAUAGUGAGAAAGUUGAGACCAAGGAAGCGGCAGCACCACCAGAGGAGCCGGCCCCGGUGGAUCGUCGUCUGGCUGGUAUGAGUAAGGCUACUCCUACAGCGUCUGCCGCUGAGGAGUCGACUGAUUAA